AUGCUUCAUAAAAUGACAAUAAAAAGACCUGUAUUAGUUUAUGAUAAUGCUUUUGACAAUAUCAUAGAAUUUAGACAAGAAGAAAAAUUAGAUAUUAGUACUGAAGAAAAACUUGAUACAAAUGCAUCUUCACCUACUGAUAAAAGUCCUUUGUGUGCAGGAUCAGCAUCGAAUGUACAACCAAGUCGACACUAUUUUUAUAAAGCGGAUGAUAUUUAUCAUGCAUAUUUAAAUGGAUUAAAUACUCGAAUUUUACUUCAUGAAUAUGGUUCAUAUCAAUAUUGUCCUGAUGAAUUGCAUGUUCGAGUUGAAGCAAUUGAAAGUUUUUUUAUGACUGAAGAACUUCGAUCACAAUUUCGUUCACUAAGUCAUUUACCAUUAACAUGUGAAUUUCAAGUUAUCGAAAUUCGUUUUCAUCCACCAUUAAUUUCUUCUAGAACAAUGCAAGUUUUUUCAGACGAAAUUCAUCGUCGUCGUCAAUUACGUGUACGAAAAGAACGUUUAGAAAAACGAAGACAACAACAAGCUGAAUUCGUUGAAAGUCAAAAACUAUUAUCUCAAUAUCCACCUGAAAUGAUGUAUAUACCACAAGAAAGUUUUCCUAUUAAUGGAACAAAUUCAAUGGAAGAAUUUCCAGCUAUGAUUAGUAGUGCAACAUCUUCAUCACCACCAUCAGCAUCUGUUCAAUUAUCUGAUGAAAAUUUAUCACCUCCAACAAGUGUUUCAUUUGCACAAAUGCUUAAACAACAAGCUCCACCUGUAUUCAAACCAUUUCCAGUCAAUAAAUCAGUUAUUGAAAAAAGUUCAACUAUUGAAAUUUCGAAAAAAACUACUCAAAAAAACAAAAAAAAGAAAGAUAAUCAUGAUAGUGAUGAAGAUCAUUUUAAUAAUGAUGAAGAAUAUUAUGCAACUGUACCUAAUUUUCGUUCGAGUUUUAGUCUUGAAGAAGUUUUUGAUCGACUUAAACUUGUCAAUGGUGAAGAACAUCCUGUAUCACCAAUCGGUGAAGCUACAAGCAAUGUUACGACUAAGAAAAAGAAUAAAAAGAAUAAACAAGUAUUGUUUGCCACUGGUUUAGGUAGUCAAGUCAAACUGUGA